AUGGCGACUCACAGGAAAUUGGAGAUGGUGACAAAGAGGAAAGGGACAAAGCCGACACGAAUGGGAGAGGAAAAUCUUGAGAAAUUGAGGCCCUUCCUCUUCACCAGCUCGCAGUCGGCAGUCGGAGAGACGAUGGCCAAUUUCCCCACCCUCUUCAUCGUAGCCCUGCUCCUCUUCCGGGCCCUAACGUGCGCCGCCCGCCCGGAGCCCGCUUUUCUCGGCAAGACAGCCCAACAUCGCCCUGUGGUUGUCGAAGUUGAUGAUUCGGCGGCGGCGGCGGCGGCGGCGGCGGAGGAGGAGGAGGAGAGCUGCCAAGGAAUCGGAGAAGAAGAGUGUUUGAUGAGAAGAACACUGGCCGCCCAGGUUGAUUAUAUCUACACCUGUGACCCAGAAGCAGAAGCCGCCAAGAAUACACACACACACACAGACGUAUCUCCACCUCCCUGUUCUGGUGAUUAAUUAGUUUGAGUUUGUUUGAGACAUGUGUUGAUGAGUAGCUGUUCGGUUUCAGAUCUUACAUACAUGGUUCAGUUCGUAUGAGUGUGUUUGAUUGGAAGCAUAUAUAGAUCGUACGUAUGAUUGUGCUUAUAGAUCGUAUUAGUGUGUUUGGUUGCCAGCACAGAUUUGAGUGUUUAUAGAUCGUAUGA